GCGAAACCGUGUCCUUUCAGUAAUGACGCCAUCUAGAGGAUAAAAUUGUCAACACCAUAUGGACGAGCGAGCCACGUGAUGUUACAGAUAUAAAGAUAAUUUGUUGUAGAUGUCAGUCCUGACAUUUUCAUUAAGAUUAUUCAAAUUUAGUUCAUUUCAUCAAUCAAUAUCACCCAUAAUACUUGUUUUAUUUACAUCUACAAUCAAUAGCAAAGGUAAUAUUGAGAAGAUGCUUCAUGUCAAAUGCAGAAACACUUCCUAUUCUAGGAAUGAAAACAUUAAGCGCUUUCCUGUUCCUGAUGAUAAAGUGUCUUGGGAAGUACAUUGGCAAGAUUACGAGCCAACUGAAUAUACGAUAAGUGGCUUGUCUUCGAAACCGUGGGCAGAUCCAGAAAUUGGAAAUUCAAAUUUUAAACCAAAGUGGAAUGAAUUAGAUGGAAAUGUGAAUAGAAGGAGUUAUGUUAAAAAGUAUGAAAUAUUUGAAAAUUAUCCACUGAAUCCAAUUGGAAGAACUGGAUUGAGAGGAAGAGGUUGCUUAGGACGUUGGGGUCCAAAUCAUGCUGCUGAUCCAAUUGUCACAAGAUGGAAAAGAGAAAAUAAAGAUAUUAUACAUCAUAAAACAACAAAACUUCCUAUUCUACAAUUUGUUUCUAUUCAACGACAUGACUGUGGAGAAUGGGCAAUUCCAGGUGGUAUGAUAGAUCCCGGAGAAUUUGUUAGUGCUACUCUAAAACGUGAGUUUUGUGAAGAAGCUUUAAACAGUUUAUGUUUAACACAAUCUGAUAAACAAAAAUUAGAAGAAAAACUAGAAGAUUUUUUCAAAAAAGGAAAAGAAAUAUACAAAGGAUAUGUAGAUGAUCCUCGAAAUACAGAUAAUGCUUGGAUGGAAACAGUGGCGUAUGUUUUUCACGAUGAUACUGGAGAAAGUAUUGGAAAGAUCCAUCUCGAAGCAGGUGAUGAUGCUGCUAAAGUCUGCUGGACAGAUAUUGGUUCGGAACUUCAGCUUUAUGCAAGUCACAAAGACUUUUUACGCAAAGUAGCAGAACAUUUAAAUGCACAUUGGUGAAAAGUUAAACUACAUCCAAUUACUUUUUUAUGAAAAUAUUAUUUGAUGAUUAAUAAUAUAAACUGUAAAUAUCAAUAGUAU